AUGUAUAUAUCUACCGCAGCCGUCGCCCUGUUGGCGGGCGCCGCCUCGGCCCACUACAACUUCGAGAGCCUCAUCGUCAACGGCGCCGUCACCGAGGCAUACAAGUACGUCCGCAGGACCAAGAACAGCAACGGACCCAUCACGGACGUCAACUCGCCCGACUUCAUCUGCAACAAUGGCGGCAUCGACGCCGACACCAUGGCGGCCACCGAGACCUUCACCGUGGCCGCGGGCGACCAGGUCGGCUUCAAGAUAAACGAGUAUAUCGGCCACCCGGGCCCGCUCGCCGUCUACCUCAGCAAGGCGCCCCAGACGGCCAAGGGGUACAAGGGCGACGGCAACUGGUUCAAGGUUUACGAGUCCUCGCUCUCCAACAAGACGGCCGACCCCAUGGUGUGGGCUUCUUCUGCUGGCGGUGGUGUUCGCAACUUCACCUUUACUCUACCCAAGGACCUCCCUGCUGGCGAGUACCUGAUGCGCGGCGAGCACCUUGCCCUGCACAACGCCGGCACCGUCGGCCAGGCCCAGUUCUACAUGGGCUGUGCACAGCUCAAGGUGACUGGCUCCGGUGCUGGUACCCCCGGGCCGACUGUCAAGUUCCCCGGGGCCUACAACCCGCAGGACCCUGGCAUUCUUGUCAACAUGUGUAAGUUCCUGCCCAUCCUGUGA